GGGGGGACGUCCGGGCUCUUGGCGCCGCCUCUGGCUCAGGAGUCUGUCAACCAUCUGAAGGUAAAGUUUUUAUUUCGUGAAAUCGAUAGAAAAAGAAAGGGCCACUGCUCUGAAGCUCAGCUGACGAGAAGGAGGGUGUGCAGCUGCAAGUUCGAGAGCUAUCGGACCCCAAAAGCAGGGGUGGGUCCUAGCACUCUGCGCGCCGAGACCCUCUGCGUAGGUAGCAGGGCGGGGGGCGGGUAGCUGGGGAAUUGGUGACGUCCGGAGUGAGAAAUGGGUGAAAGGAUGGGUCUACCCUGAUAGCACAGAGGGGCACUGUGUACUCCAGGGAAAGUGAAGCAAAGAGGAGAAAAAGUGAAGCAACCCGGUGCUGGAGGUCGGCUGUAAAAACAAAACUAAACAAACAAACAAAGAAAAGAAAAGAAAAAAGUAGCGGGGCGCGGGGAGGUUGCGGAGAUCGGAGGCGUCUGCAUUAGGGGAUGAAAGGAAGAGUGGACCCUGAAAAUGGAAGGCAGUCCACUCUAUGAAGUGUGUGUGUGUGUGUGGGGGGGUGCCCUAGAGGAGGGAGGCUGUUUGGGGGGGGGGGGUGUGGAUGGAGGGUCUACGAUGGAAAUGGGGGAGGGGCUCUUCUGCGGGGGAAUUGUAGGAGAGGUCAACAACAGGGAUAAAUACGGGAGGUAGAGAUCUACAAGUGAAUAGCGUCUGCACUGAAAUAACUAGGGGAGGCUCUACCUUGGAAGUGGAGGUGACUGCGUUGGGUGAUGUGGGGGAGGGGAGAGGAGAAAAGGGUUUAUAACGGAAGAGGGAAGGUUCUACGCUGGCGGAAUUGAGGAGGUAGAGGGCCCGGACAGAAGCAGCUAGAGAAAGGAGGGGGGCGGGUGUCUCGAAUUGGGGAGCCUCUCCGGAGGAUGAAAAAGAAGGGCUCUUAUGUUGUACCCAGGAAAAUAUACGUGAGGGACCCUGCACCGCGGUCCCGUGAGAGAGAGAGGUCUGGGUGUGGCACCCUCAGGCCACAUGGGCCCCCAGCCCACAAACUGCUCUCUAAGCGCAGGCCGAACCAUGGGCACCCAAAAGCCGCGGAUCCUGCCCUGGCUGAAGUUGCAGCUGGACUUGGGGCGGCUGGAGGGGGUGGCCUGGCUGGACGAGAGUCGCACGCGCUUCCGCAUCCCGUGGAAGCACGGCUUGCGCCAGGAUGCCCAGCAGGAGGACUUCGGCAUCUUCCAGGCCUGGGCCGAGGCCAGCGGCGCCUACACUCCUGGAAAGGAUAAACCUGAUCUGCCCACCUGGAAGAGGAAUUUCCGAUCGGCCCUGAACCGGAAGGAGGUGUUGCGUUUAGCCGAGGACCGGAGCAAGGACCCCCACGACCCCCACAAGGUCUAUGAGUUUGUGAACUCAGGAGCUGGGGACUUUCCUGAGUUGGACACCUCUCCAGAUACCAAUAGCAGAUGCAGUCCCUCUGACACCCAGGAAGACAUACUGGAGGAGUUACUGAGUGACAUGGCCUUGGCCCCAUUCCCAGAUGGGGGGCCCUCGAGCCUGCCUAUGGUCCCUGAGGAGACCCCUCCGUUCUUGCUGAGCCCCAGCGUAGACAUCCCUGCCCCCUGCCCAAACCUGCAGCCCCCGGAAAACCCACUGAGGCGGCUGUUGGUGCCUGAGGAAGAGUGGGAGUUCGAGGUGACUGCCUUCUACCGGGGCCGCCAAGUCUCCCAGCAGACUGCCCUCUGCCCGGGGGGCCUGCGGCUGGUGGCGUCAGAUGCAGACCAGACACUGCCUGGACAGCCAAUAAUCCUGCCAGACCCCGGGGUGUCGCUGACGGACAGGGGCGUGAUGGGCUACGUGAGGCGUGUGCUGAGCUGCCUCGGUGGGGGGCUAGCUCUGUGGAGGGCGGAACAGCGGCUCUGCGCCCGGAGGCUGGGGCACUGUCACACGUACUGGGCCUUGGGCGAGGAGCUCCUCCCUGACAGUGGCCACGGGCCCAGCGGCGAGGUCCCCAAGGAUGAGGAAGGAGACGUGUUCGACCUGAAGCCCUUCGUGGCAGAACUGAUUGCCUUCAUUGAAGGAAGCGGACACUCACCACGCUACACCCUCUGGUUCUGCGUUGGGGAGCCAUGGCCCCAGGACCAGCCGUGGAUCAAGAAGCUCGUGAUGGUCAAGGUUGUUCCCACUUGUCUCAGGGCCCUGCUGGACAUGGCACGGUCAGGGGGCGCCUCUUCACUGGAGACCACCGUGGACCUGCACAUCUCCAACAGCUACCCACUGUCCCUCACCUCGGACCAGUACAAGGCCUACCUCCAGGACCUGGUCGAAGACAUGGAUUUCUAGGUCACUGGGGAGAUCUGACCCCUCACUCCUCAUGGAUGAUGGCCUCUUGUGCCCUCACCUUGGCCAAUAAACUGUUUCUUACCACUGUCA